AUGGAUCCCGAUUCGGUCUCGAAGGCGUUCGUGCAGCACUACUACCACACGUUCGACUCCAACCGCGCCGCGCUGGUGGGGCUGUACCAGGACGGCUCCAUGCUCACCUUCGAGGGCGAGAAGUUCGGCGGCCCCGCCGCCAUCGCCGGCAAGCUCGGAUCUCUCCCCUUCCAGCAGUGCCAGCACAAGAUCGACACCGUCGACUGCCAGCCCUCGGGGCCCCAGGGCGGCGUCCUCGUCUUCGUCUCCGGCACCAUCACCACCGGCCCCGGCGAGCACCCCCUCAAGUUCUCACAGGUCUGCACCACCCACACGAUUCGCUCCAUCUCGCCCGCUAUGCUAGAUUUGUUUGGACCUGGAGACUUGUAUCCGACAAGUGGACAUUUAUAG